CUUUUUGUCUCAAAGCAAUCAUUCAAGGAACCUGACAACUCCCCACCGUCCCCACUUUUCUUUCUCUUCUCUCUUUCACACUCUUCCAUCUUCUCUAUUUAACAAUCUUCCUGGUUCGUCUUCUCUGGGUCUCUUCCUCGCUUAACUCGGAGGGAGUGAAGAACAGAGAGAAAAAAAAAAUGGAGAAAUGGGUUAAUGUCUCUGUUAUGAUUAAUGUAUUAGUUGUUCUUCUUCUGGGUCUCUGCAACGUGUUCGAUGCGGCGGCGGUGGAGGCGGAGGGGAGUAAUGGAAGCAAGAGGACGACUUACAUAGUACACAUGGCGAAAUCCCAGAUGCCGGAGAGUUUCACCCACCAGUCGCACUGGUAUGACUCGUCACUCAAAUCGGUUUCCGGCUCAGCCGAGAUGCUCUACACGUACGACAACGUGAUCCAUGGAUUUUCAACUCGGUUAACCUCGGAAGAAGCGCGAUUGCUUGAGGUUCAGCCUGGUAUUCUCUCCGUCCUGCCUGAAUUGAAGUACGAGUUGCACACGACUCGGACCCCUCAGUUCCUUGGACUUGGAGAUAACGCCGAUGCGUUUCCCGAGUCCAACUCAGUGAGUGAAGUGAUUAUUGGCGUGUUGGAUACUGGUGUAUGGCCUGAGAGCAAGAGCUUUGAUGACACAGGACUUGAUCCUAUACCACGUACCUGGAAAGGCGCGUGCGAGUCAGGCACCAACUUCAGUGCCUCGAAUUGUAACAGGAAAUUGAUCGGUGCAAGGUUCUUCGCCAGAGGUUACGAGGCCACGAUGGGCCCGAUUGAUGAAUCCAAGGAGUCGAGGUCACCGAGAGAUGACGACGGUCAUGGUACCCACACGUCGACGACCGUCGGCGGGUCGGCGGUAUCCGGAGCCAGCCUAUUCGGGUACGCUGAAGGGGCGGCGCGUGGGAUGGCGACGCGCGCAAGGGUCGCGGUUUACAAGGUCUGCUGGCUGGGUGGUUGUUUCAGCUCCGAUAUAUUGGCCGCCAUGGACAAGGCCAUCGAGGAUAACGUUCAUGUUUUAUCCAUGUCGCUUGGUGGAGGCAUGUCUGAUUAUUACAGGGACAGUGUGGCGAUUGGAGCUUUUGCGGCGAUGGAGAAAGGGAUCCUGGUUUCUUGCUCUGCCGGGAAUGCUGGUCCGAGCCCGUACAGUUUAUCGAACGUGGCGCCAUGGAUCACAACCGUAGGUGCAGGCACACUGGAUCGUGAUUUCCCGGCGUUUGUAAGUCUCGGCAAUGGCCAAAACUACUCCGGCGUGUCCCUUUACAAAGGCAUGUCUCUGCCCGGAAAGCUGUUGCCAUUUAUUUACGCCGGCAACGCGAGCAAUGCGACAAAUGGGAACCUGUGCAUGAUGGGUACUUUGAUUCCAGAGAAAGUAGCCGGAAAAAUUGUCUUAUGCGAUCGAGGAGUUAACGCUAGAGUUCAAAAAGGACUUGUCGUCAAAGCCGCAGGUGGCACCGGGAUGGUUUUAGCCAAUACUGCAGCAAACGGUGAAGAGCUAGUGGCGGACGCCCACUUAUUGCCGGCGACGGCAGUGGGUCAAAAAUCCGGCGACGCAGUUAGAAAGUAUUUAAUGUCAGAUCAUAACCCAACCGUCACAAUUCUCUUUGAAGGGACCAAAGUGGGGAUUGAGCCGUCGCCGGUGGUGGCUGCCUUUAGCUCGAGAGGACCCAACUCAAUCACGCCGGAAAUUCUGAAGCCGGACUUGAUCGCACCAGGAGUCAACAUCUUAGCAGGAUGGUCGGGAUCUGUGGGACCCACAGGGUUGGCAACGGACGAUCGGCGCGUGGAGUUCAAUAUUAUUUCCGGCACCUCCAUGUCGUGUCCUCACGUGAGCGGCCUCGCAGCUCUGGUCAAAGGCGCUCACCCAGAUUGGAGCCCGGCGGCAAUCAGGUCAGCCCUCAUGACCACCGCCUACAUAGUCUACAAGAACGGGAACAGCAUUCAAGACAUCGCCACCGGGAAACCGUCUACUCCAUUCGACCACGGCGCCGGACACGUCGAUCCUCUGGCGGCGUUAAACCCAGGACUGGUCUACGAUCUCGCCGCCGAUGACUAUCUUGGCUUUCUCUGCGCAUUGAAUUACACAGAAUCACAGAUCAACAGCGUAGCAAGAAGACAAUUCACAUGUGACGCGAGCAGGAAAUACAGUGUGAAUGACCUUAAUUACCCAUCAUUCGCAGUCAACAUCGACCCGACGCGGAUGGGCAGUGGUGGCACUAGCGUGUUCAAAUACACGCGAACUCUUACAAACGUAGGCUCACCAGGAACGUACAAAGUUUCAAUGUCAUCGGAAACGACAGCUGUCAAGAUCUCCGUCGAGCCGCCGACUUUACAGUUCGGGGAAGUGAACGAGAAGAAAACAUACACCGUCACCUUCACUGCAAGCUCCAUGGCUUCUAAUACCAACUCCUUCGGUCGACUAGAAUGGUCAGAUGGGAAACGGACUGUUGGUAGUCCAAUUGCGUUUAGCUGGACUUGAAUAGGAAGGAGAAGACAAUAAUAGGUUUUCAAGAUGAAUUUGGUUCUGCACUCGGCUCAAAAGAGAAGAGUGUAAUGUAAUCAAAUGUGUACUGUUAGUUUUACAGAAUCUCGAUGUUAUUGGUUUUUAUCAUCCAGCUGAUAGUGGUGGCUGGUUUUUAAGGUUUGAUGAUGUUCUCUGAGAAAGGAAACAUAGAAAGAACAAACAAGAAGAAGAGGAAGAAGAAGAAGAAAACCAGGAAAUUGAAAUUGGUCUGUUUUCUUGCUCAGUGUACAGAUGAUGACAAUUUGUAUGCGACUAUAAAUAUGCAUGCUUAGUUGAUUGUUAUAGUUUGAAGUCCUCAUAAUUAAGUCAAGAAUUUGCUCUAAUAA